UGAACUUAUGGAAUGAACUCCGUCGAAGGGAGACGUUCACUCGUUAUCCAUGAAUCGAAGAAGGAAGACGUUUGAUAUUUUAAUCCGUUCUAUAAUACGAGGAAGAUGAUUUACUAAGUGGUUAACAAACUUGCACACGCAAGUGUGCCUAUACAACUAAUUAACAAUGGAAGCCACUAUGGCGCUCACUACGAGCUACGUCGUAAAGACGACACAAAUUUCUUUUAAUAAUUUUAUAACGUAUCAUGAUUGGAUUUGCAUCAACAAUGAUGGAACUUCAAGACCAGGAGAUGUGGAAAUGGAAGACGGAACCAGAGUCCCCUAAGGGGACAUAUAUAGAAAAUGUAGAAGACGAUUGGUUUAUGCACAACGAUAAGUCCUUAGAAUCUACUACAUAUGCUGCUGAUGAAUCUGUUAUGUAUGACGAUCAACCAACAAACCGUGCACAUAGGGUGACAAAAAUUUUAAAUGAAUUGAACGAAUGGAUAAAAGAAGAACCUUUUUCAUAUUGGUUGGAGGAGAGGACUAAUCUGCCGAUAUUCGACGAAUUAGAAACUCCAGAAUGUGGUCAAAACAAAUCAGUAUAUCCGGCUGUAAUAAAAAAUCAGCAAGAACAAUAUAACACUAAAACAUUGUUAGAAGAAUUCGAAACGGUUUUAGAAGAUGUUGAGGCUUGCUAUCAAACAAUUCCAUCAUCAGUUUCAACCUUGACCCCGCCACAAUCACCUCCACCGAAUAAAUUAUUAACUGUAGACAGUCAAUUGCUUGUUACCUUGCAACCGGUGCAAACGAUCCAGUCGGUAAUAUCAAGUCAACAACAAGAGUUGCCUGUAUAUAAUAUCAUAGUAUCUCCAGAAAAACAGCAACAACAACAACCUGCAGUCUAUCAGAAUGAAGUAUGCGUUCCAGAACAAUGGAAUCCCGAAAGUGUAUCAUUGGAUCCACUAGGAGGAGAAAACGUUGCCAAUGAUCUAGCAGUUGUAGAUGAAUACGUGCGAUCGCACACCGAGGACAUCCCAACAGAAUACAGUUCAUGUACCAGUCCAAGUGGUAGCUGUAUCUCUUCCGAAGAUUCUACUUCUGACGAUCCUGACUGGAUCGCUGAUACAUCCUGUAAUAAGAAACAAUCUAUUUCAAUUGGUAAAAAGAAUCGAUGCAAACCCUACUCCCACCCAACGGUUGAGGACAAAAAAGUACGGAAAAAAGAACAAAACAAAAAUGCGGCUACCCGUUACAGGCAAAAAAAGAAACAAGAGAUUAAAGAUAUUUUAGGCGAAGAACAUGAACUUACUGAGUGCAAUGAAAAGUUGCAAGGCCAAGUAAAGGAUCUACAGCGGGAAAUUGGGUACUUAAAAGGAUUGAUGAGAGAUUUGUUUAAAGCGAAGGGUCUCAUCAAGUAAUGAUUUCAACUGAGGAAGAUUUUUUUUUCAUUUCCUUCCUUCUUUCUUUCUUUCCUCCCUCCUUCCUUAUCUCAACUCCUCCUCUACCCUUCUCUUUGCCAAUCUUUUUUAUAAUCCGUUUGUUUAGGUAAUCACAUUUAUUGAAUUUAUUUUAACUAUAGAUUUCUCGACACAUCACUUUACAAUGUUAUUAUACUAACUAAUACGAUAACAUUAUGCUAAUAUCAUCGAUUGUUGCAUAAUAUAUAUUAUAUAUAUGUAUAUAUACAUAUUUUUUAAUUUUUUUUUUCGAUCGUCUACAACAUUCUAAUUUCUUAAAUGUUUAAAAUAUAGAAUCUAUCACAGCUUUAGUGGAACUACAGGACUCUGUCGUCUUGUAAUUUAUCGAAUGUAUAACCAUCUCCUAAUUUUAUACUUUUAUGGUCCAUUAAGAUUAGCAAAUACGAUGACUAUUUAGGGUAAUACAUGAGGAAUUUAUUACGAUAAGCAGCCCUAUGAAGUUCUCACGAGCGGAAAUCUGCUGUUGUCGAAUUAUUCUGAAAGUUUUGCUCUUUUAAAAGGGUCGUCUCAUAAAUAUUUGCGAAUCUUUUCAUUCCGAAUAACAUUUUAACCCAAUUCAAUUUUAUCGUAUUUUCUUACAGAACAUAUUACUAGCUUUAGAAAAAAAAAACAAUAAAUGGGUUAUAUUGUACAAGUGAUAAUACGUUUUUAAUUAAUAUUU